AUGACUAAUUUGCUUCACUCGAUGAAUGCUAUCUCAGUAGCCAACGUCAGUUUUUACCAAGUGACAUUAAAUACUUUGGGGAUACUUCCUACGUACAAUAACUCUUUAUCACGUUCCAGGCUGCAGUGCUCCGCUCUGUGUCUUACACACUUUAAGUCUUGUCAGAAUGUCCUAUAUAAUAACGUGAAGAAGCUUUGCCUAGGGGGAGCUGACCUGGGGUCAGCUGGCAUUAAACCUUUGACCGGUCAACGCCUGUACUCGCAAAGCACUAAGUACUGCGACGUGUCGCUGGGCUAUAACUCGACCAUCAUGAGGACUUACGGCCUGUGUUUGUCUAUUUCUAAGCCAGCACUGACCUUCUCGGCAGCUAAUUUGUCUUGCAGAAGCAGACAAGGCCGUCUGGUGAUAACAAAAACCAACGCCACCUAUGAUUCGUUGCUGAGGAUAAUGCAGGAUAUGAGCAUAGACUGGGUAUGGGUGGGCUUGGACGAUGGCCAGACAGAGGGAACGUAUGUCUGGUCAGACGGCACUGUAGCAACAAAAUCAGAGAUGUUAUUUUUAACUGGUCAGCCUGACAACCUCAACGACUCAGAUUGCAUUGCCCUCUCAAGAAAAUACCUCGGUUUGGAUGAUGUCAACUGCUCGGGUUCAAAGAUCUACAUCUGUGAAUAUGUGACUUAG